GCGGGCACGGCGGAAGCGGCGGCUCCUUUCCUCGGUGACGGCGGCGGCGACGACGACGGCAACGGGAUGGCGCCGGCCGGGUUCCUGUGGUGCGUGGCGGCCUUGUUGGUUUCGCAGGGCCGGGCCGACGAGCAUGACCACACGUACCAAGAUAAAGAAGAAGUUGUUUUAUGGAUGAAUACUGUAGGACCAUAUCACAAUCGCCAGGAAACAUACAAAUACUUCUCCCUUCCUUUUUGUGGCGGAUCGAAAAAAAGCAUUGAUCACUACCAUGAAACUCUUGGGGAAGCACUUCAAGGAGUUGAACUAGAAUUCAGCGGUUUGGAUAUCAAAUUUAAAGAUGAUGUCAUGCAGACCACCUACUGUGAAAUAGAUUUAGAUAAACAAACAAGAGAUGCAUUUGUUUAUGCUAUCAAAAAUCACUAUUGGUAUCAGAUGUACAUUGAUGAUUUGCCAAUAUGGGGUAUUGUUGGUGAAGCAGAUGAAAAUGGUGAAGAUUUUUAUCUCUGGACAUAUAAAAAGCUGGAAAUAGGUUAUAAUGGAAAUAGAAUUGUGGAUGUGAAUCUGACAAGCGAAGGGAAAGUUAAAUUGGUGCCCAACACUAAAAUCCAGAUGUCUUACUCUGUGAAAUGGAAAAAGUCAGAUGUGAAGUUUGAAGAUAGAUUUGACAAAUAUCUUGACCCAUCUUUCUUUCAACACAGGAUUCAUUGGUUUUCAAUCUUCAAUUCCUUUAUGAUGGUUAUUUUCCUGGUGGGCUUGGUUUCUAUGAUUUUAAUGAGGACCCUGAGGAAAGAUUAUGCACGAUAUAGUAAAGAAGAAGAAAUGGAUGAUAUGGAUAGAGAUCUAGGAGAUGAAUACGGUUGGAAACAAGUUCACGGAGACGUUUUCAGGCCAUCUAGCCAUCCUUUAAUAUUCUCAUCCCUUAUUGGUUCUGGCUGCCAAAUCUUUGCGGUUUCUUUCAUAGUAAUCAUUGUUGCCAUGCUGGAAGAUUUAUAUACAGAGAGAGGAUCAAUGUUAAGUACUGCUAUUUUUGUUUAUGCUGCAACAUCACCAGUGAACGGUUACUUUGGAGGGAGCCUUUACGCCAGGCAAGGAGGAAGAAGAUGGAUAAAGCAAAUGUUCAUUGGAGCAUUCCUUAUUCCUGCAAUGGUGUGCGGCACAGCCUUCUUCAUUAAUUUUAUUGCCAUUUAUUAUCAUGCAUCAAGAGCUAUUCCUUUUGGGACAAUGGUAGCUGUUUGUUGCAUCUGCUUUUUUGUUAUUCUUCCUUUAAAUCUUGUUGGGACAAUACUUGGACGAAAUCUUUCUGGUCAGCCCAAUUUUCCUUGCCGAGUAAAUGCUGUUCCUCGUCCAAUCCCAGAGAAAAAAUGGUUUAUGGAACCAGCUGUUAUUGUUUGCCUUGGUGGCAUUCUCCCCUUCGGAUCAAUUUUCAUUGAAAUGUAUUUUAUCUUCACCUCCUUCUGGGCUUACAAAAUCUAUUACGUCUAUGGCUUCAUGAUGUUAGUUUUGGUCAUCCUUUGCAUUGUAACUGUUUGUGUGACAAUUGUGUGUACAUACUUUUUACUGAAUGCAGAGGACUAUAGGUGGCAAUGGACGAGUUUUCUCUCUGCUGCUUCAACUGCAAUCUAUGUUUAUAUGUAUUCCUUUUAUUACUACUUUUUCAAGACAAAGAUGUAUGGUUUGUUUCAGACAUCAUUUUACUUCGGUUAUAUGGCAGUAUUUAGCACAGCCCUAGGAAUAAUGUGUGGAGCAAUUGGCUAUAUGGGAACAAGUGCCUUUGUUCGAAAAAUCUACACGAAUGUGAAAAUUGACUAAAAGAACUGAAAAUUGGAACAGUUAACCUUUUAGGGUGUGGGGUGGGAAAAGAGUAUAUAACUUGCACACCAAAAAAAAAAGCGCAGGAAAAAAAUUGUGUGCGUGGCACUGGGCACUCUGUGGGUCUCUUCUCUUGUGGAUCAUUUAAAGCAACAUCCGUUUUCAUUGAUCCUAGGUUCUUACUGACUUUUUCCAAAUGUUCUCGGCAAAUGUGUGGAUUAUAUUCAGUAGGUUUUUCCACAGUACAUGUCUAUCUUCCCAAAAUUAGCUCAUAAAGAUGAAUAGACUAGCUCUCUUCAAUGAAGAGGACAAACUGUAUUUAACUAUUUGUUCCAUUCAGUUCUAAAGAAAGUGAAACAGAUGGCUCUUAGAGGUUUCUAGUAAGUUAUUGGUACAAAAAAAAAUCGUUCUGGAAAGAUUUCUUCCCUUCAGCUUUGGUGUUAUUUGACAGGGCAAAGAAAAUAUGGGUGCUACCUGAAUAAUUUGCAAUGUUACCUAUUAUAAAAUAUACAUGCAUUUGUUUUUUUUGUUUUUUUAAAAAAGUCAAAUAUUUGCAUGCAUUCUCAGUUUAAUAGGACCAAGUUUCCACUUGUUCAUUACAAAAAGUACGCUGAACUAUACCUGAGACCCAUCCAAAGAAACUGAACUAAUAAUAAAAAUGGAGUUUUCUGCACUGCGGUUUUUAUAUGUCAGGAAGCAAAUAUACGAAGAUGAAGCGUUCAACACACGGAGGUCUAGAUUUAAAAACAAAAAAUUGAAUGUCUACACUGAUCUUUCUUUCUUUCUUUCUUUCUUUCUUUCUUUCUUUCUUUCUUUCUUUCUUUCUUUCUUUCUUUCUUUCUUUCUUUCUUUCUUUUUUCUACCAGCCCACCCCCAGUUUGGAAUGUUUACUUGAUGAUUUAAAAGGGGUAACGAGUGUAUGAAACAUUAAAUGAUGUAACUUAGAUGUAGCUCCCAAAUGUAUUUGGAUGUACAGAUUUACUAAACAAUACUUUUUUUUCUGAUGAUUCAGUGUAUAAAUAUGUGAAUUUAGGUGGCUUUUAUAACAUCUUGCCUGCUCUUGCAUGAAAUGUUGGGGAUUUCCUUGCAGUACGUGUUUCAUGUUUUCUGUUCACUUGAGCUCUUUCAAAAGCAAAAACUUGUAAUUUAUAACAGUUUGAUUUUGUUUAGUUCUCUCUAGACACUUUCAGAAUAUCUAAAGCAAUAUUGCUUUAAGUGUUCAGAAAGUUUCAAAUAAACUUUUCAGACAAACGUUCUGAUGGUCACAAAUAGAUAUAUUUUAAAUUAAAAGAUGAUUAAUUCAUCAGUCCUUGGAAAAACAGUUCUGAAAAAGUUCAUAUAUGUUGCAUUGGGCUAUUCCCUAAUGUGCUUUAUUCAUCUAAAAAGAAUUUGCCUGGCCAAGGAGAAGACGUUUUCCAUAAGUAUGCAGAUAUUGUAAGUGAAAAGCAAGAACCAACGAAGUAAAGAUAAUAUUUUUCCCAAGCUCCUGAAAAUUAAGCUGCAAUAAGGAUUUAGAAAUCCUUGUUUUUAAAGGAAGUUUGAGGUAAACAUUUAGUAUGCAUCUUCAAGGCAAAGUUUGAAGCUAAAUAAUGCAGAUUAUUUCAAGAAACAACUUAUUGUGAGAGGCAUUUGUUAAUCCUAAUUGGGUGUGUGUGCGGGUGGUAUUAAACUAUUUUCCUGAGAUGAGUUCACUUGAAGACUUUUCACAUUGGAAAAUAAUUGUGCAAGAGAAAUAAAUACAAUUUGCAGUAAAUGAAUUGCAGCUGAUUGUUAUAUAAAAUGUUAUAAUUACAUUCUACAAUGACCCUACAAGCUUUUACCUAGUUUUAAACCUGGCCCAGAGGCUGAAUAGGAUAAAUAUUAUAAUUAUACAGUGUUUUACAGUAUUUCUAAGAUAAGAUUUACUGUAUUACAUGAUAUGGAGUUUGAUGUUUUCUCUAUUGAAAUAACUGCAGCUUAUUCUGUAUUCAACUCUCCGGCACUUUUUUCCCCAGAAGAUAGAAUUCAUCUUGUUUUGAAAGGUUGUAAAGUUUAUCCUCAAAACAUUGUAACAAGAACUUAAUAAUCCAUCUGGUCCAGGUACCUUUCUCAAUUAAUCUUAAUUUCUUUUUAUUGCUUCAGAAGCUUCCCUUUUGUUGUAGGUCCCUUUAUACUCUAUCCUUGUUCCUCUGUAAUCCUCUGUAAAUUUUGUUUCUUUAGGUAUUUAUUUAUAUUCUCUGAUGAGAUGUCAUUUCCUUAUAUAAAUUGGAAUAAUAUUGAUGGAAUGCUCUUGUAUUGCCAUACUGUCUAUUAAUACAGUAUCUCCCUAUUAUAAUUUCAAUACCAUUUUUCUUUUUUCUUUUUGUACUUUAUAUGCUAGCCACUUCCCUGGUUUAUUUGCAAAUCCAUUUUUUAAUUUUCUAUAAUUCAUUUUUAUUUCCAUUUCUCUUAAUAAAUAUAAUAGCUGUUGUAGAAGCUUAAUUUAUUGAGAAAUGUUUAUGUUCUCUGGAUACUUUUUUAGUUCUUUUUAUUUCAUCCAGACUAGCUUGUAGUUCACUAUUAUGUUAUAUAAAAAACUUUUAAUAAAAGAUUUACUUGCAUGCCAGACCAUUCUUAAAUCAGUGCCUUUACCUAAAUUAUUUUCAAAAACUCUUUUUAUAAUCCACUAUUGCUUCUUUAUGUAACCAUGUUGCAUUCAGUCUCCAUCUAAAAGAAUUAAGAUUUUCUUUUAAUACAUCAAACCCACAGGAUUAUGACUCAAAAGAUAUUGGUAAUAUCUCUACUUUGGAAACUUAGUGGCCAAAUUCUUUGAAAUCCAAAUGUCUACUCUUGAAAAAAAUCUGUAUCUUUCAGGAAAGCAAGUAAACGCUGUGGAAUAAC